AUGACUGACCGAUCUUCCUCAGGGACCCAGUCCUGCCCUCCUCCCGAAUUGCCCCAGCUGGUGGCUGAGCAGCAUACUCCCAUCCCUCCCCAAGACAAGGACACCAAGCGUUUGAUUGUCGUUCUCUCCAAUGCCAGCUUGGAGACUUACCGGGCUGCCCACGGUGGACGCAGCGGUCCGGGUCGCGACGAGAAGUACUCGUUGCUGAACAGUGACGAGCAUAUUGGUGUCAUGCGCAAGAUGAACCGCGACAUUAGCGAGGCCCGUCCGGAUAUCACACAUCAGUGCCUCCUGACCCUCCUCGACUCGCCCGUCAACAAGGCCGGAAGACUGCAAAUUUUCAUUCACACCGCCAAAGGGGUUCUGAUCGAAGUGAACCCCUCGGUCCGUAUUCCCAGAACCUUCAAGCGGUUCGCCGGUUUGAUGGUUCAACUCCUUCACCGGUUGUCUAUCCGCUCAACAAACUCGCAGGAGAAGUUGCUGAAGGUCAUCAAGAACCCCAUUACGGACCACCUUCCCCCCAACUGCCGGAAGGUGACCCUCAGUUUCGAGGCCCCCGUGGUGCGGACCACCGACUACGUCGAGUCUAUGGGUCCCAACGAGAGCAUUUGCAUCUUUGUUGGUGCCAUGGCCAAGGGUCACGAUGACUUUGCCGACUCCUUCAAGGACGACACCAUCAGUAUCAGCAACUACAGUCUGAGUGCAAGUGUGGCGUGCAGUAAAUUCUGCCAUGCUGCCGAAGAAGCCUGGGAUAUUCUUUGA